AUGAUCAAGCCCGGAGGUAUUGAUCUCGGUACAACCUACUCUUGCGUAGGCAUCUUCAGGGAUGACCGCAUUGAGAUUAUCGCGAACGACCAGGGUAACCGUACUACACCGUCGUUCGUCGCCUUCACAGACACAGAGCGCCUCAUCGGUGACUCCGCGAAGAACCAGGUUGCCAUGAACCCUAUCAACACAGUUUUCGACGCCAAGCGCCUUAUUGGCCGCAAGUUCGCCGACGCUGAGGUUCAGGCCGACAUGAAGCACUUUCCCUUCAAGGUAAUCGACAAGGCUGGCAAGCCCGUCAUCCAGGUCGAAUUCAAGGGCGAGGAGAAGACUUUCACACCUGAGGAGAUCUCCUCCAUGGUCCUUGUCAAGAUGAGGGAGACCGCUGAGUCGUACCUCGGUGGAACUGUCAACAACGCCGUCGUCACAGUCCCUGCUUACUUCAACGACUCGCAACGUCAAGCCACCAAGGAUGCCGGUCUCAUUGCUGGCCUGAACGUCCUCCGCAUCAUCAACGAGCCCACUGCCGCGGCUAUCGCCUACGGUCUUGACAAGAAGACCGAGGGUGAGCGUAACGUCCUCAUCUUCGAUCUUGGAGGUGGUACAUUCGAUGUAUCCCUCUUGACUAUUGAAGAGGGUAUCUUCGAGGUCAAGUCUACUGCCGGAGACACCCACUUGGGUGGUGAGGACUUCGACAACCGCCUUGUCAACCACUUCACUAGUGAAUUCAAAAGGAAACAUAAGAAGGAUCUCACUUCUAACGCCCGCGCCCUUCGUCGUCUCCGCACCGCCUGCGAGCGUGCCAAGCGCACUCUCUCUUCCUCUGCUCAAACCUCCAUUGAAAUCGACUCCCUGUUCGAGGGUAUCGACUUCUACACUUCGAUUACCCGUGCCCGUUUCGAGGAGCUCUGCCAGGAUCUCUUCCGCUCCACCAUGGAGCCCGUCGAACGUGUCCUCCGCGACGCUAAGAUUGAUAAGUCCUCUGUUCACGAGAUUGUUCUUGUCGGUGGUUCCACACGUAUCCCCAAGGUUCAGAAGAUGGUCUCCGACUUCUUCAACGGCAAGGAGCCCAACAAGUCCAUCAACCCUGACGAGGCUGUUGCCUACGGUGCCGCUGUUCAGGCGGCUAUCUUGUCUGGAGACACUUCCUCUAAGUCCACCAACGAGAUCCUCCUUCUCGACGUCGCGCCGCUCUCUCUCGGUAUCGAGACUGCUGGUGGUGUCAUGACUGCUCUCAUCAAGCGCAACACCACUAUCCCCACCAAGAAGUCUGAGGUCUUCUCCACCUUCUCCGACAACCAGCCUGGUGUCCUCAUCCAGGUCUACGAGGGUGAGCGUGCCCGCACAAAGGACAACAACCUCCUCGGAAAGUUCGAGCUUACCGGAAUCCCACCUGCGCCCCGUGGUGUCCCUCAGAUUGAGGUCACCUUCGAUGUUGACGCCAACGGUAUCAUGAACGUCUCCGCUCUCGAGAAGGGCACCGGAAAGACCAACAAGAUCGUCAUCACCAAUGACAAGGGUCGCCUGUCCAAGGAGGAGAUCGAGCGCAUGCUUGCUGAGGCCGAGAAGUACAAGGCUGAGGAUGAGGCCGAGUCUUCCCGUAUCUCUGCUAAGAAUGCCCUCGAGUCCUACGCUUACUCUCUCCGCAACACUCUCUCAGACUCUAAGGUCGACGAGAAGCUCGAUGCUGGCGACAAGGAGAAGCUCAAGGCCGAGAUCGACAAGACCGUUGCCUGGUUGGACGACAACCAGACUGCUACCAAGGACGAGUAUGAGUCUCAGCAGAAGGAGCUCGAGGGUGUCGCCAACCCCAUCAUGAUGAAGUUUUACGGAGCUGGUGGUGAGGGUGGCAUGCCUGGCGGUAUGCCUGGCGGUGCUCCCGGCGGUGCCGCUCCUGGCGCUGGCGGCGAUGACGGUCCUACCGUCGAGGAGGUCGACUAA